GUAGCUCAUAUACAAGAAGAAGAUCAUCAUAGUAUGAUGAUGAAGAGGUUUUUUGUGAGAUUAGUGAAAAUUCUUGGUGGAUGACACCCAAAACCCCACUUAAAAAAUCCCUUUUCUUUAUGAUGAAGACUAUGAGUACCUUGGUUCAAUAAACAAUAGUUACCCCUUUCCUCAAAAAAAAGCCACAAAACAAGAAAGAGAAAAAAAAUAGUACAAAAUAAGACCAAACAACUCAAAGUCUACUCCCCUUAUUCCUUUUUUAAGCUUCUCUCUUCUCCCACUAUCUAUCUUUACAAACCCUUAUUCCCCUUUAGCUAAUUAGCUUUGCUUGUGCAUCCAUUUCUUCUUUGCUUCAACCUAAUUUCCAUAUCAAGAAGAAUAGUAAAAUUGAAGUUAAAGAAUCUAUGGAUCAAAUGAACCAUUCACUUCCUCCACCUUUCCACGCUAGAGAUUUCAACUUACAUCAAUUUCAUCAAACCUCAGAAGAUGAACAAAGUGGGACAAGUGGUCUCAACAUGUCUGGCCAAAAGCGAGAUCGCGAUGACAACAACAACAACAAUAAUGAAAAUUCAAACGGUGGAGAAUCGAAAGAUGGAUUAGGUAUGACAGGAAAUUCAGGAGAAGGAGAGAUCACUAGAAGACCUAGAGGAAGGCCAGCUGGAUCCAAGAACAAACCUAAGCCACCAAUUAUCAUAACUAGAGAUAGUGCAAAUGCUCUUAGAACUCAUGUUAUGGAAAUUACUGAUGGUUGUGAUAUUAUGGAAAGCAUAUCAAAUUUUGCAAGAAGAAGACAAAGAGGGGUUUGUAUUAUGAGUGGAACAGGUAUUGUUACUAAUGUUAAUUUGAGACAACCAGCUUCACCAGGUGCAAUUGUAACAUUACAUGGUAGAUUUGAGAUUUUAUCAUUAGCUGGAUCUUUUCUUCCACCACCAGCACCACCAGCAGCAUCAGGGUUGACUAUAUAUUUAGCAGGUGGACAAGGACAAGUUGUUGGUGGUAGUGUUGUUGGUGCACUUAUGGCAUCUGGUCCAGUUGUUAUUAUGGCGGCCUCGUUUAGCAAUGCAGCUUAUGAAAGACUUCCUUUGGAAGAGGAUGAUCAAAAUCCUCUUCCAGUUCCUGGAGGAGGAUCGCUGGGGAGCGACCCUCCUCCUGGAAAUGUCGGGGGACCAGGACAACAACAACAACAAAUGAUGGCGGACCCAUCUCUAUUUCAUGGAAUGCCUCCGAAUCUUCUAAACUCCAUUCAGUUACCUUCCGAACCCUAUUGGGCAACCGGAAGACCUCCAUUCUGAUUAGCUGGAGGUCGCCUGAUAAAAUUGGAACGAUACAGAGAAAAUUGACAAUAUGGCCCUGGCCUGCGCAAGGAUGACAUAUCCACCUUUCUAACUAGCAGAAGUUCAUAGAAAGGGUAAUUAUUUUCUCUUGAUUUACUUGUUUCAUUAGCUUAAACUCUUUUCUUUCUCAUCAAGAACACUUAGAGAUGAUUUUUAGGAAAAGGGUUUUUCGAGUUUCUUUCCUUUCAAUUACUUUACAUUUUUGGGGUUUAGUUUUUGCAUUUUCAGCUAGGUAUUUUUCUUUUGGGAUUGUGAUAAUGAGUUUGAUUAUGAUAUGAUCAUGAUGUGGUGGCUGUAAUUUUGAUCAUCAAAUGAAGUUAACUUUGUAAAUUCACUGUUUUCUUGAUGAUGUGUAUCUUAAUUUCAUGAUGA